CGGAAGUGCGUUAGCAUGUCGACCUUGACACUGUGUGGAUACAUCCGACAAGCGGCAACGUUACAAAACCGAACUUCGCUCACGUUUAAACAGUUUCUCUUAAAUCGUAGCUAAAUCUUCUUCCUUUUCUUCCACAGAAACCAGCAGGUUGAACUGGUUCACCCCGGUGUAGUCUUGUGUUUUGGUCGCGAUCAGCGUGUUGUUAUUGGAGGUCAGCGUGUCUCCAGUUGAAACCAGCCAGCCGACCAGAUGCUUUCCACGGGCAAGACCGUCUCCUCCCGGCUGCUCAGGCCGUUGUCAAGGCUUCCUCUCUGGCUGGGCUCUGAUGGUAGAGCCGCCAGCUCUCUGCCUAAAGAGUUGAUAAAGAAACACAAACUGGAGAAUGAUGAGCUGCGCCCCCUCUACAUGGACUUCCAGGCCACCACGCCCAUGGACCCCCGGGUGCUGGACGCCAUGUUGCCCUACCAGGUGAAUUACUAUGGUAACCCUCACUCCAGAACACACGCCUACGGAUGGGAGAGCGAGAGCGCCAUGGAGACGGCCAGGAAGCAGGUGGCUGAUCUGAUUGGAGCAGAUCCCAGAGAGAUAAUCUUCACCAGCGGAGCCACCGAGUCCAACAACAUGGCCAUCAAGGGCGUGUCCAGGUUCUACCAGACCAAGAAGCGUCAUGUGAUCACCACGCAGACGGAGCAUAAAUGUGUUCUUGACUCGUGUCGAGUUCUGGAGUCUGAAGGAUUCAGUGUGACCUACCUGCCAGUCCAGACCAACGGACUGGUGGACCUGGAGCUGUUGGAGGCCUCCAUUCGUCCUGACACCUCUCUGUUGUCGGUGAUGACCAUCAACAACGAGAUAGGAGUCAAGCAGCCAAUCAAGGAGAUCGGUCAGAUUUGUCGUUCCAAAGGAGUCUUCUUCCACACGGACGCCGCUCAGGCUGUCGGAAAGAUUCCCAUCAACGUCACGGACUGGAAGGUUGAUCUAAUGUCCAUCAGUGGCCACAAGAUCUACGGACCCAAAGGUGUUGGUGCUUUGUACGUGCGCCGCCGGCCCCGGGUGCGUCUGGAGCCGCUGCAGAGUGGGGGUGGGCAGGAGAGGGGGCUGCGCUCCGGAACGGUCCCCACCCCUCUGGCUGUUGGGCUGGGAGCAGCCUGUAGCAUCGCAAAGCAGGAGUUGGAGUAUGAUCAUCACAGGGUGUCUAUGCUGGCUAAUCGUCUAAUCCAGAAGAUCAUGUCGGAGCUUCCUGACGUCAUCAUGAACGGAGAUCCAGAACACCGCUACCCUGGCUGUGUCAACCUGUCCUUUGCCUACGUGGAGGGAGAGAGUCUGUUGAUGGCGCUGAAGGAUGUCGCUCUGUCAUCUGGGAGUGCGUGUACGUCAGCGUCUCUGGAGCCAUCGUACGUCCUCAGAGCGAUCGGAGCAGAUGAAGACCUGGCUCACUCUUCCAUCAGGUUUGGUAUUGGCAGGUUCACCACAGAAGAGGAGGUCGACUACACAGCAGAGAAAUGUAUCCUGCAGGUCUCCAGGCUCAGAGAGAUGAGUCCUCUGUGGGAGAUGGUUCAAGAAGGCAUCGAUCUGAAGAGCAUCAAGUGGACGCAGCACUAGACUCGUCCCACUUCUUGUUUACUUCCCUGGCUGCCAAUGACGAUGACCACGAUGACAAUUGAUUCCCAGGGAACUCUGGGAAUGGACUAGCUGUUCCUUCCUGUACACAAACACGCACAAACUUCCUGUCCGACUUGAAGUCUGUUUGUAACUGUAGCUCUGUGUCUCCGUAGAAGCUCCUCAUGUAGCUCUGUCAGGAGAUUUAUUUCAGAGUUCUGAGAUUUGACCAGCACAUGGCAACCUUUGCUUGUUGAAUGUCGUUCUGUGACACCUAGGUCCUGUAUCACAAAGUCAGUUCAUCUUAGUCUGGCUCCCUUUCGGGUUACCUGGCUUCACUUUCAGCUGUCUCUGGGUUUACUAAUCCAGCUCUGAGCAUGUUCACCAGAAAUGGUGAACAAUCAUGUUCUUCAUGGAGCUGAUGACGUCACAUGUAACGUCAUCAGCCCCAUGAAUAACAUGAUAUGACAUCAGAUGAAACUGCGGGAAAAUUAAAUUCCUGAGGUGGCAAAAAAGAAGAGAUUUACAUCGAGGUGAAAUAUAUUGAGCAUAAUCUCACAACUAGAAUAAAAUAAACUGUUGUAGGAUUAAUGUUUAAAUAUAAAAGUAAGAUUAUAGGAUCUAUAAAAACGUCUCUACUGCUCCUUUUUUCUUGUCACUUUAUUGUAAACUCAGGACCUUUGUCCCUGUCAGGAACCAGUAGUAAUGAUAACUUCAGUUUUUCAGUAGUCUGAUUGGUCAGUACUUUGCUUCGUGAUAUAGCCUCUUGUCAACCUGUUGAGCAUAAACCACGUGUUGCGUUACUUCAGCAGCGCUGGGGGCUGCAACUGUAGGCAGUUACUAACCUGUCUUAAUAUAUAGUAAUUCCCAGUCAGAACUUUUUCAUUUUAUGAUUCACAGAUUGUCUCCUGCUUUGUUCACAUGGGACACUCACUGCCCUCCCCGUCUCACAACCCAGUCUUGUAGUUUUGCUUUCUCCUCUCCCAUCAAUUUUUUAGUUUUCAAUAAACAGCAGCAUCAUGUCAGUUUAUCAGCAGUGUUCACAGUGUUGGCAGCCGCAGUUUGGUUAUUCACUUUAAGCCUGGGACACUCUACAACACUGUAGCCUUUGACCACAAUGGCUGACUUUUAAGGAGGUGGAGAGUAAAAACCGCUCAGGUCCAGGUUGUUGAUGGGAAUCUGAACGUGAUCAUCAAAGUCUGAACACCAAAAUCAGAAGAAUUUGUGUUGUGUUCAUGGAUGUUCCUGUCACAUUUAUUAGACUCCCUCUACUGUCUUCUACUGUUACUCUCAUAUACAUUAUUAUCCAAUAAAGUGCUGCUUCAAUACA